GCCGUGGCCAGAGACAGGUUAAAAAUGUCAGUAAAGACCCCAGCAAGUUGUGUAGCACAAGCUUUGAGCAGGCGCCCAGGUGUUCCAUCAGGGCCAGCUGCCUUCCUAGCAUUCAGCUUGUUCAGCAUGUCGUAGACAUCCGUAGUGGAGAGUGUGAUUGGCUGCUCAUCGGGAAGAAGAUCUGUCUUGAGGGCAACGAUGUUAUUACCUCGAUCGAAGUGAGAGUAGAAGCUAUUGAGCUCAUCAUGGAGUGAGUCGUUGUGAGCAUAGGGAGUGGUAUUAUGUGGUUUAAAGUCUGUGAUUGUGUGAAUACCUUGCCACAUACGCCGAGGGUCGGAGGAAUUGAAAUGGUCCUCAAUCCGUUGUGUUACAAUUAUCCCUGACAUAUCAAACUUGUAAACCUUAAUAAUACUAAUCAUACUAACCUUAAUAAUACUAAUAAGUCCAACACAGAACUUUAAACAAACUAAUUACUGUAUUUACUCAUGUACACAAUACUGCAUCACACCCCAAUAUAUUUUACGAAAAUGUUAUAAUACAGAUUCACUCAAAUUACAAUCGAUAAUAUUCAAAAUCUCAUUACUCCCUCCUAAAGCCAGCAGUUCUGUAAAUAACUAAAUAAACAAACAAAAAACACAAAAGUCGUUUUAGUAAAACCCAAAUGGGCAACCCCAAAAACACCAUUGCAGACCUGAUCUAACGUUCCCAAUCAGCCCAGAUCACAAAGUAUAUUAGGUCAGUUGUGGUGAAAUUCAACUCACGUGCAAUAAAGUCCGCUGUCCACGUUCUUUCUUCACACGGAUGAAACAGUAGAAAUCCACCAGUCUUUUUCCGUUUGAUCUUGGAUAAAAAAAAUCUGAGUUUAUCUGAUACCUUAAAUCCACUGUAAUCGGCACAGUCGCUGAGUUAGCGAACAGCCUUCAAAGUCCAUGCGUGAAGGCUCCAGAGACGUUCACGGGGGAUACAGCAUAAACAAUGUCACUAAUCAACUGCAAAAUGUUAAUAUCAGACUCACUGUUCGUUUGUCUUUCCGCAUCCCAAGAGAUAUAUCCUAAACAGGUGUUUUACCCUCUUACAUCACACAACAUUAUUUACAGAACGAGUAAGAACUUCUUUAUUUGCUACCAUUUAACAACAAACAUAAUGUAAACAAAAUAUUAUUUAUGCCCAAAUUUUAACUGGGCUACAUGAAGUUUGAUGAGUUUUCUAAAUCCACCUCUAAAGAGCAACCUUUUCCUUCAUACAUAGUUGAUUUCUGAUUUGAGGCUGGACGAUGAGGGGAUUAUGUGCUGGUCUUUUUUCUACAGGGUACUAUACUCCAUACCAACCGUCUGUGGCAUCUAAUAUGACUAAUCCUGUCCAGCAGCAUCGGGCACCACUGGCUCAAGGGCAAGCCUUGUCUCCACUGCUCAAAAGAGUUCGUAAGCAGAUCAGAAUUAGAGACCCCAACCAGGGAGGACGUGACAUUACACAGGAGUUUCUGUCUGGAAUAAACUCUGACACCAGAUCUGUCCAGGAUGUACAAUCUAAGUCAGUUUCCUCUGCCCCUCCAGUGGCAGAAGAAAAGAUUUGCACUGAUUUAGAGGAAGUGGAGCAAAAGGAUCUUGAGAUGCUCCCAUCAAGAGAUUUGGGAUCUGUUACUGAUUCCACACCUAAUGAACUGCCCACUGAGAGUGCUCCUGUGGAAGCUGUGUCUCCUGUCCCAGCUCCAGAAAUUCUUGCUCUGUCUUCAAAUUGAAAGGCUGUUGGUUGAUAUGUGGACAGCUGUGACCUCCACAUAUUAUGAUAUCCUGCAUGAACAAAAUGGGAUGCUGGACAUUGCAAAAUACCCUGCACCUCUUUCUGGUACAUCUUGUGUUUCUUCCCCGACCUUCAGAUCUUUGUUGAAGGCUGGAAUCACCAUCCCCUUUCAUGACCCCGGAACAAAUGUGGCAAAUGUAACAUUUGUACUGACUCUGACUUGUACUGACUCUAUUCUGAUAGAUACUUGUACUGACUCUAUUCUCAUAGAUACUUGUACUGACUCUAUUCUCAUAUAUGUUACAUAUAAAUAAAUAACAGUACACAGUU